AUGGAGGAGCAGCGGGAUCCGAACAGCACGGAUAGCAGCGAGCCAGAGAGCGUCUCCCCGUCCCCCAGCCUGCCCUCGCCGCCCAUACUGCCUCUGCAGGUCGCCCAGCAGGCCCACAGAACAACCAACUUUUUCAUCGACAACAUUUUGCGGCCGGACUUCGGCUGCAAGAAGGAGCACGGCCUGGGCCCGUGGGAGAGGGCGCAGACCUCCGGCCGGGAACGCGUCCACCCGGUGGUCAGCAGGCCGAGUCUUCCCGGGACGCCGUGCCAGGACUCCAAUUGCAGCAGUGACAGCACUUCGUCUUCUGCCUCCUCCACCUCUUUGGCGAGUCCCAAAAAGAGUAACGGCAGUGGUGGAGGAGCCGCAGCCGCUUCCACCGGGAGCAGCAGUGUGAAAUCCGAGGAGAGAACUGGCAGCGGGGCCGGGGAGAACACGUCCUCCUCGCUGGUGGUGCUGAACGGCACCGGGGCGUCCACACCAGAGAGCCAGCCUUUGCUCUGGCCUGCCUGGGUCUACUGCACCAGGUACUCGGACAGGCCCUCAUCUGGCCCAAGGACACGGAAACUGAAAAAGUCAAAAAGCGGCAAAGAGGACAAGCGGCCGCGCACGGCCUUCACGGCCGAACAGCUGCAGAGACUGAAGACGGAGUUCCAGGUGAACCGCUACAUCACAGAGCAGCGGCGGCAGUCUCUGGCGCAGGAACUCAACCUCAACGAGUCCCAGAUCAAAAUCUGGUUUCAGAACAAGCGGGCCAAGAUCAAAAAGGCCAGUGGCUUCAAGAACGGGCUGGCGCUGCAGCUGAUGGCGCAGGGACUGUACAACCAUUCCACCACCACCAUCCAGGAGGACAAGGAGGACAGCGACUGA